UGAUGUAGAUGGCUAGGCCUUACUAACCAUUAUUUGCAAAUUCCCCGUUAUCAAUGACGCUUAGAUCAGGGAGAAGCUUCAAUUUAUUAUAUAGGUAGCAAGGUUGGAAGGCCUCUACCCACCACAUCUCUUCCGCAUGUCUCCACAACAGAAAGCUCUUGUUCUUACUCAAAAGCAGGGCAACUUUGAGCUUAGCUCCCGUAGUAUCCCCAGCCCUGGGGCUGGGCAGCUUCUGGUCAAGAUUCAAUCUGCUGCUCUGAACCCGGUUGACUGGAAGAUCAAGGACACAGGGAUUCUGGGCCUGGUGACCCAUUAUCCUGCCGUCCUUGGCUCAGAUAUUGCUGGCAUUGUCGAGGAAGUAGGGGAAGGUGUCGAGAAUUUCCGCAAAGGCGAUAGGGUGUUGGCACAUGGGAAAUACACUAAUGAUCUUGCUGCGUUUCAGCAGUAUACCUUGACCGUUGCGAGCUUUACAGCAAAGAUUCCUUCAAGCGAAUCUUUCGAUAGCGCAGCUACUGUUGCUGUGGCGUUAGAUGCUGCAGUGGUGGGCUUGUACGGAAAUGAAAUGGGAGCUGGGUUAACCCCUCCUUGGACCGAAAGCGCCGGCGAUCACGAAUCAAAGAAACCCAUUGUCAUCCUUGGCGGUUCUUCUUCUGUGGGUUCAUACACCAUCCAAUUAGCUCGUCUGUCAGGAUUUUAUCCUAUCAUCACUACAGCCUCUCCGAGCAAUGAAGAACUUGUCAGGGAGUACGGCGCAACCCAUUUUUUUGAUCGCAACCUUUCCGGCAAACAACUGAAGGCGGCCAUUAGCAAAGUUACUGACCGCCCUAUCAGAAUUGUUUAUGACUCUAUCUCGUUGCCAGAAACACAGCUUGUUGCAUGGGAGUUGCUUGCAAACAAUGGUACCCUCGUAUUAACCCUUCCUGCAUCAGUCAAGGAAGAUGAAGGCAAGGGGCGCAAGGCCAUUCAUACCUUCGGGUACCCACACGUCCCCCAGAAUGAAGAGCUGUACCGCAGCUCCUGGGCUAUGGUCGAAAAGUGGCUUUCAGAGGGUACUAUUCAACCGAACAAGUAUGAAGUCCUCCCGAAUGGGCUUGAAGGUAUCAUUGAAGGACUGGAAAGGUUGAAAUUGGGACAGGUGUCUGGAGUGAAGUUGGUUGCUCACCCGCAGGAAACACAGUAAAUGCAUAGGUCGCGGCCAGCUUGUUCGACGAUGCCUCUUGCUUGAAUCAGGCGGUGCAGGAUUUAAUUGUACAUUAGGGUCUGUUGUUUGAAUUCCUGGAUCUUCUUAUCGCAACUUGAAGGGUAUUCCGAUCUAUGUCGCCACAGCUACUAUCGAAGGGACACCACAUAAACGGUACCGUGCUGUCUUGCAGUGCAGACUCAAUAGGGAAGUUAGUCUACAGAUGCGUCUACUAAUUCUCGGAGCCCCGCUGGCUGAACAAGUUUUCGAUACCCG